AUGCGUGCCCUCAAGUACCAUGAAGAGAAGCUUCUAAAGAAGACAAGCCUCUACGACUGGAAGGAUUCAUAUAGCAUCAUCGACAGCGCAACAAUGAACAAGUAUGGCGUGUAUGAUAGGCGCGAACUUAUUACCUACCGUCAGACUAUGCGAAAGAUCCGUCACAUGGUCGAGCUCUUGACCCAGCUUCCACAGGACAACAAUGUGCGCAUCGAGCUCACCAGGCGUUUAUCUCGUAUCCUGUAUGACAUGGGGGUCGUGGAUAACGCCCAGGCCAGCCUUGACGAUAUAUCCAAACUGAACUCGUCUGCACUGCUUCUCCGCCGGUUGCCCUGCAUAAUGAUGAAGCUCAAGAUGGUCCAAAAGAUUCAAGACGGAGUCAGGUUUGUUAAGCAGGGGCACGUUCGAGUGGGCCCGAAUGUCGUGGUGAAUCCGGCGCUGCAUGUGACGCGAGGACACGAGGACUUUGUUACCUGGACCAACAACAGCAGCAUCAAGCGGAAGAUCCUGCGAUAUGCGGACAACAUCGACCACUACGAGCUCCUCAACCAGUGA